UCCAAAACAAUUUGAUCGGGAUCGGUGACCAAAUAUUUAAAUAUGGCGGCCGGUGGCAUGGCGGUAAAUUCAGAGGCCAGGUUAUGGGGCCCAUUCAAAGAACUGGAGCAGACCGUCCACACAGCCAUACACAGAAAAAUUCCAGAUGCCAUUCACGACCUAGAAAUAGCUCUCAAGAAACAUAAACCAGAUUUCAUCGCUUUGUUAAAAAACCCACCCAAGAAUGCCAUGUACAGGACAGCGGUCCGAAACUCCACGAAGGAGGGGCUACCAGUCAUGGGGGACCAGACAAAACAGACCUUCUCCCAGCAGUUUAUAGAGGAAGCCCUGAUACUCAGUGACCUGUUUGAUAUGAGUGAAAUCGCAGCCGUAGAACUCCUAAUGGCAGGUGAGAGACAGCAGGCUGAGUUCCCUGGGUUGACCAGAGGCCUGGUGGCGGUACUGUUGUACUAUGACGGACAGAAAAGUCUGGUUAACUCCCUUCGUACCCUUCUCCAGUCAAGGGAGGGGAGAAUGUGGACCAUGGAGUUGACCCCUGACCUUUCCAGCAUGGUGAACCAAUACACAGAUCAGCUGAUUCAGAAAGAUCGUCUUAUUAACACCAUACUAGAUCAAUUAGACAAUAUGGACCUAACAAAAGAAAUGGACAGACUACAAAGAGACAGGGCCAUUGGUCCACCAAAACACAAGAAACAGGUGUCUGACUUGUACAGAGAGAUCCAGAUCAUCUUAGCUGACUGCCUCUUCUGUCUGGCCACACAACAGCCCCUGGAGAAAGAUGACACCUUGAGGCUGAUUCAGCACCUAAGGGCAGACAACUCUCUGGCUGCAGAUGGCACCCUGGACCCUGUGAGUCUGUGUCUGUUAAUGGCCCUCCUGUACUGUUUUGAUGUCAGUCUGUUGGAACAUGAAGAUGGAAGAGGUUAGUCUUUGAUAAGAUU